CCAGGCCCCGAUGGGAAGCCCCCUGGCACGCCACACCCCCCGCUCUCCUGCCAGCUGGUCCAGCCCCCUCACCUCUCCUACCAACACGUCACAGAACACAUCCACACUCGGUGAGUUUGACUACGACACAGAGAACAUGAACUCAGAGGACAUCUACAGUAGUCUGAGAGGAGUGACGGAGGCCAUCCAGAACUUCUCCGUCCGCAGCCAGGAAGACAUGAACGAAACGGUGAGGAGAGAGAGACUGGGAAUGUGAACCCUCCCUACACGA